AUGGCGGCGGCUACUGAAACAUCAUCAAGCGCUUCAUCAGUCGUCGACCUCCGACCUCUCUCUCCUUCCCUACAGAGAUUAGAGAAUCUCAUCCUCCAUUUAAAGAGACCUUCCACCACCACCACCUCCCUUUUAUCUACAAGGAAAAGACGAAAGUGUCCUCUGUGCACCCCCACGACGCAUCCUAGACCUUUCCGAUGCGAAUCUCACCGCGUAUCAACAAACGAGAACAUCGAAACCCUAGCUUCGAAGCCGAAGCGAAGUAGGUCUAGUAUCACCACGACGACGAGUAGUAGUAGUAGUUCUGGAUCGGAUAAGAAGAUCGGAAUUCUAGGUUUGAGGCUGAAGCGGAGGAGAAGGUGUUGUCCCACGACGAGUGAUUCGGGAUUGAAUCUGAGGAAAACGGCGUUGAUGAAUUCGUUGGCGGGGAUUGGGAGUGUGGAGGCGGAGAGAUGUAGGAAGUAUUUGAAGGAGAGUUUGGUUAAACCGUUGUCUCCUCGUUUCCGUUGUAAGUAUAGGCCACGGCCACGUCGUAGCCGGUUCUACGCAUUGCGUAAUGAUCAAGAUUAA